AUGAAGCCAAUUCCAGAAGGCGGUUACCAGUUAAAAUGUUCGAAUAUUCUCGAAAUUACUUGGAUCUUGGAGAACAACUGGUCACCCAUCGCCUCAUUUCAUCACCGCAUGAAAUUCGACUUGGAGUACAUAAAUGAAUCGUAUAUAAAGACAGUAGCUCAAGCACACAAACAACUGUCCAAUCCAAAGCUUGACACGGAUGAGAGGACGUUAUUGUUGGCUAAAAUCAUCAGCACCUGCUUAGAAGCCCAAGGGCUGAAUCACAGUGUACAAGAAAGCACAGAAUCCGAGUCGGAGACAGUAAGAAUAGAGAAAAGACGCAAGAGCUUAGACAAAGAACCGGAAAUGCCGGUACCAAAGAAAAAGAAAGAGGAUUGUGAAGUGAUGGCGCCACCAAAAGCACUCCCCCAAAAAGCCUAA